GCCCGCGCGCUCUGUCCGUCCGCCCUCCCGGGCGCCGCGGUGAGAGGGGCCCCGCCGGUGCUCGUGGGGAUGCCUUAGGGCCACGGGAACUGCCCCAGAGGACUCAUUCCUGUUGGCCAGAAGUUGCCGAGCAACUCACAUGUGCUUGGCAGGCUCCCGUGUGGUCUCCAGCUCCCACUGACACUCCUGGGAAUCCAGUCCUUCGGCCUACCCACCUGGCAUCCUCCUUGGCAGCCCACUUGAGCCAUGGAGGCCCCGGAGGUCCCUGUGGGCUCGUUGAUUGACUUUGAGACCGAGCCAUCCGCCUCCUCGCCCAUGGAGGCGCUGCCACCAAAGCUGCAGGAUGGGGACAGCUCCCAGGGUGACGGUGGGUCGGAGAGUGAAACCACAGAGUCAGCAGACAGCGAGAACGACAUGGGCGAGUCGCCCUCACACCCGUCCUGGGACCAGUACCGCCGCUCCUCCUCCAACGACUCCUUCUCUUCCAACCAGAGCACGGAGUCGGCCAAGGACGAGGAGGCCCUGGAGCUCAGGGAGUUCAUGCGCAGCUACGUGGAGAAGAUCUUCUCUGGAGGGGAGGACUUGGACCAGGAGGAGAAAGCCAAGUUUGGGGAGUACUGCAGCAGCGAAAGCGGAAAAGGCCGGGAGUGGUUCGCGCGAUACGUGAGCGCCCAGCGCUGCAAUUCCAAGUGUGUCUCAGAGCCGACCUUCUACCGCCUCGUGCAGUCGUUUGCAGUGGUCCUGUUCGAGUGCCAUCAGAUGGAUGACUUUGGGCCUGCCAAGAACCUCAUGACCAUGUGCUUCACUUACUACCACAUCGGUAAACCACACCUGCUUCCCUCCGAAUCCAAGGAGAAGCCUGCGGGGAGCAUCGACUCCUACCUGAAGUCGGCCAACAGCUGGUUAGCAGAGAAGAAGGACAUUGCCGAGCGGCUACUGAAGAACACAUCGGCCAAGACGGAGAACGUCAAGGGCUUCUUCGGGGGGCUGGAGACCAAGCUGAAGGGACCCCUGGUCAGGAAAAACGAGGAGGAUGAGAGCAAGCCCAAGGACAAGCCGCAGAAAACCGUGACUGUGUGCAGCCCGGAGGAGGAGAGGAAGGGCGAGAAGAUCUACCUGUACACGCACCUGAAGCAGCAGCCCAUCUGGCACACACUGAGGUUCUGGAACGCGGCCUUCUUCGACGCCGUCCACUGUGAGAGGAGAAAGCGGUCCCCCACGACCAGAGGGGAUGCUGGAGAGGAGGAGAAGAAGAGGGAGAAGUGGUGCCACAUGACCCAGGAGGAGCGUGACGACAGCCUGCGGUUCAACGAGAACAUCACCUUCGGGCAGCUGGGCACGUUCACGCACAACAUGCUGGCCUUCGGGCUCACCAAGAAGCUGUGCAAUGACUUUUUGAAGAAGCAGGCUGUGAUCGGCAACCUGGAUGAAGAGCAAUACAAGCUGCUGAGCGACCACAUCGAGCAGAUGGCCAAUGAGUAGGCCCCUGGAGGUUGCCCAAGGCACUCCGCUGGAGGACUGAAGGUCCACACCGCUUUCCUGGGCCAGCAACUGGCUGUCACCUUACCUGACGACCCCGCAUGACAUCGGCUGCACCCAGAGCCGCUCCACACUGCCCCAGCGCUAGCGGUUAGAAGACUCGGGCUGCCCGUCCUCCCCACCUUCCCUCCGCCUCUGUCUACUCCCCAUUCGUGUGCCAAAGUGUCCCUGGGAUGCCGUGGCUACAACAGGCGACCACCCUCCCAAGCGUCAGGCCUGUGACGUGGAACUGCAGGACGAGGAAGGAGGCCAGGGCCAGGACGGGCACAGGGCAGUGUCCGCCUGCAGCCUCGUGCAGGAGAGAGGGUGGGUGCGCCUGGGAAUGGACACAAGGGCAGCCGUGAGCCGGCACACACCAGUGACACGGGGCAGCCAUGGGUGACGAUCUGGGACCCUCCGCUUCAGGCUUGGGACUGGGUGGCUCCCCAGCCGAGGCUCCUGCUGUGCUGCAGGGGUACGGGGGGGGGGGGGGGCCCUCUCAGUGCUGGUCCAAGCUGGUGCUGGCUUUCUCCUGGCUCCGCCCUCCGUGUGACGGGAACUAGAGUCACGGGAACCUCGGGGAGGAGACGCCUCCUAGUUUAGGGAGGGAGAGAGGCCAGGGUAGAGGGCUGGCCACAGCCAGUGGCCGGAGCCCCCGGGGGACAUCACUGCGGUCGGUCCAGUCCCACCAGCACGCGAGGUGUCGGCAUCACCGUCCGAGCAGCUCCAGGGCAGCUGGCAGCUUCCUUCUGAAGCAGAGCAGGCCCCGCCCUCGCUCCCUGGAGUAGCCUCGGGCUGCCUGCCCCCGGGAACAACACAGAAGAGCGUUUUCUCUGUAGCUGCAAGACAGCCGCCCUUUCUAAAAGCAACCAGUUCUCUUCAUUUCAAAAAGGACGUGUCGGUGUCACAGACGGCCGGGCACAGGCGGCUUCUGAUGGCUGCACGAGGCCUGCCACCAGAGUGGCUUCCGGGUGUCGGGUCCUCCGACCGCCGCAGCCUCGGGGAGGCUCCUGUACCUGCUGCAGCCCAAGCCCUCUGAGCUCUUUCCUGCAGACUCUGCAGGUGCCCCCGUCUCACAUCCGGUGCCUGGGAAGCAUGGCACUUGUCCCUGAGUGUGCACUGGCCACAGCAGACCUGCCCAAGGGCACGAGUCUGACCCUCAGACAUCCAGCAUGCUGGCUUCCCCAGUGUGGGUGUUUCAGCCUGGUGCCCGUGGCCUCCUGCCCACCACUCUCCGGAACUGACCUUGAAGUAGGCCCCUGGGGCCCUCUUCAUCCUCCCAUCCCGUUUCCCUCCUACCUCCGCCGACGCGAAGUCACAUUACACGACUCUCCUCUUGAGCACAGCAAAUACAGGCCUAGCAGUCACGCAUCCAGCCAGUGCUCAAAAGGGUUCCCUGAUGGAAUGCCUCCCGGGAAUGUUCCAGAGAAGGGCAGGUGUUUGGUUGAGCCAUUGAAUGCAUGUCUGGAUACUCAUAAGGUAGGCACCACGAGACAUGGUGCGGUCUGAGUGCGUGGUGUGAAAUGUCGCCGCCGGAAGAGCCAGGGAGCGGGGCUUCAGGCACCCGGCUCGUUCUUUUAUGGCCAUGAGAGAGGGGGAGGGAGGGGGGG